GAAGCUUCCAAAAGAACUGAAAGGAACACUGGACUUUUGGCUGAUGCCGUCAUUCCGGUUGUAUGAUGCGACUUACCACCCCACGUCUCUUCUGCGGUCGUACCCCGCACUAGCAAUGUAUUGGAGGACGCUGCAUCUCUUAGCAAUUGGCAGUUACUGCACUAACAGGGGCACUUUCCGAAAUUGCCGAAGCCGCGGUGUACAUCAAUCACCGAUACGGUAAUAUCGACGACCGCAGGUGCUGUAUUUCUAAGCAUACAGCGAGACAGCUCGGCCCCCUCUUCGAAAAAAGACAUAUGAACCCCACGGUGCUUCAUACACAAUCUAUCUUGAAAGCUUCACUUCUCGAAACUCAUCACAAACUACAGUCGUCAACCAAGCAUUUAACACACUCAACAUCAGACACAAUGGCGUCCCAGAACUCAGACAUCCACCUCUACACUGCCCAGACUCCCAAUGGCAUCAAGGUCUCCAUUCUCCUUGAGGAGCUUGGUGUGCCUUACAAGGUAACCGCAAUCGACAUCUCCAAAGAUGUCCAAAAAGAGCCAUGGUUCCUUGAGAUCAACCCCAACGGCCGCAUCCCGGCUCUGACCGACAAGCUCGAGGACGGCACGCCCAUCGCGCUGUUCGAGUCUGGCGCCAUCAUGCAGUACCUUGUCGAGCGCUACGAUAAAGACCACAAGGUCUCGUACCCGCAGGGCAGCAAGGAGUACUACCAGACCCAGAGCUGGCUCUUCUGGCAGAUGGGCGGUCUGGGCCCCAUGCAAGGGCAGGCCAACCACUUUACGCGGUACGCGCCCGAGAAGAUCGAGUAUGGAAUCAACAGAUACCAGAACGAGACGAGGAGAUUGUACAGGGUUAUGGAUGCGCAGUUGGCGAAGAACGAGUACUUGGUGGGAGAUAGGCCUACCAUUGCGGACUUCUCGUGCUGGGGGUGGGUUGCUGCUCAUGGCUGGUGCGGCAUCAAGAACUUCGAGGCUCAAUUCCCCCACCUCAACGCCUGGCUCAACAGACUCCUCGAGCGCCCCGGCCUCGAGAAGGGCAGGCAUGUGCCCAGCAAGCACACGGCGCUGGAGCUCAACAAGUUGAGCGAGGAGGAGCUGGAAGCCAAGGCGGUCUCUUCCAGGGCGUGGGUGCAGAAGGGCAUGGCUGAGGAUGCGAAGAAGUAAGGCAAACGGCGGGGAACGAGCUAUGAGCUAGAGCCAUGAGCACUGUUGUGCUUGUGAUGCAACGCUGUCAGGUAGCGAGGCAGAUAAUGAACAUCGAAACUGACGAGAAACUUGUGUAAAACAAGGUUCCGGUCCAAGGUUUAGAUCUGAUAUGACGAGUUCGAACAAGGAGGUACCGUAGUGGUAACAUGGCUCGUGGCACUCACGAGGCUCAGCCAGGCCUUCUCCAUACUUAACGGUUUAUAGUGGUAUGGACCAGCCUGAGAUGUGACCGUCGGGAUGGAAACCAAUGCGCGCUUGCCAACCCCUAUCUGGAUUAGCCAGUCAGUACCCAACUUCCGUUACAUAAAAUAGCCCGAAGCUCAAUGUUUAAUUGAAAUUCUGUCCCAAGGUG